AAUCAACCCGGUUGAUUCCGGUGUUGCUGAGAGAACCUCUCAUACAUUGUUUGUUUCUCUAAAACUUUUUUGUUAAAAAAAAAAAAAGAGAGAGAGAGAGAAUAACAGGUACAUUGUUUUGAUUCCUACCAGAACAGAGUACUUUGUAAUUUUGCUAUGUAAAUAUUUGUUGAUUUUUGUUGUUGUACAAUACAAUCCACUUUUUGAGGAGCAAGGAAUUGCAUAUUCGCAUUCAUGGCUUCUUCUUCUUCUUCUUCCUCCUCUUCUUCUUCUUUACCCGAGGAGCAGCAUGUGACUACAGUUUCUGAGAAUUAUGAAACAACAUGCUGGGGUUGUGGACUGCGCCUUUCGCUUCCUACUUGUACAUCUGUUUUCAAAUGUGGCUGGUGUGGAGCUUUAACAAAUCCAAACAAGCAGAAAAAUGUCACUAAGGGCUGUUGGUGGAGACGGCUGUGGGAACGGUGCAUCGUUUCAUUUGUCUUUGUGUUUAUGCUCUUUAUAAUAUUUGGUGCAGUGUGGGCAGUCCUUCCCAUUGUUUUUUCUUUCAGUUUCUUUUCUGGGAUUUUUCACUCUACCAUUUCAGCAAUCUUGUCCAUAGCCACCAUUUCUUUCUUCAGCCUCGUUGCAUUUCACGGUGCUGGAUCGCCUCCAAACAUAUUAUGGGGAAGUUACCCAACUGUAGGUAGAAAUGAACUGGAAAAUUACACUUUCUGUUACUACUGCUCGAAACCUAAGUCACCGAGAACCCAUCACUGUCGAACAUGUGGAAAAUGUAUACUCGACAUGGAUCACCACUGCCCAUUUAUUGGGAACUGUGUUGGUGCAGAUAACCACCGCUGCUUCAUCGCCUUCCUCAUCUCCGCUUUGGCCGGAACCUCCUAUGCUUCUAUAAUGUCCAUAUAUGCAAUGUCCCAUAUAUGGCAAAUGCCAUCACUGACAUACUCUUUUGAAAACUUGGAUGGGCCUAUAGGCCUAUUUCCUCAAUCGAGACGUAUCGUCGAAAUUAUGAUUACUGCACUGAGUUCUCUUCUAUUCCAAUCCUCAAGGGGUGUUAUUCUUGUUUACAUAAUCAUUGCAAGUGUUUCAGUGCAGAUAGGACUGAGUAUUCUUCUGUGUCAGCAACUGUAUUAUAUUUAUGAAGGGGAAACUUACUUGGGUCAUCUCAACUUGCAAGCUCAUAGCAUAGAGGCAAAGAAGGAUUGCCAAAAUCUUGUUAGAUUUUUUGGUUUCCCAUAUUCUGUAAAAAGAUUUUUGCCAAACUCUCUGCUUCCUCAGAAGAUACAUGUUAAGUGAAAUAAUAGCCAUUUUUUG